AUGGCUUGGUGUGAGCGCGGGGUUCAGACGCUGCUGGCCACCGUGGGGGCUUUCGCCGCUUUCAGCCUCAUGAGCAUCGCCAUCGGCACGGACUACUGGCUCUACUCGCGGGCGUACAUCUGCAACGCAACCAACGCCACCGCCGACGAGUCCCAGCCGCCGCCCAGGAGCAGGAAGGGGGACCUCACGCACUCGGGACUCUGGAGGAUCUGCUGCAUUGAGGGCAUCAAUCAAGGCAGCUGUUUCAGAAUCAACCAUUUCCCCGACGACAACGACUACGACACGGACAGCUCGGAAUACCUGUUGCGUAUUGUACGAGCUUCCAGUGUGUUCCCCAUCCUCAGCACGGUGUUGCUCAUGCUGGGCGGCUUGUGUGUCGGAGCGGGCCGAGUCUACAGCAAAACGAACAACAUCCUCCUAAGUGCCGGGAUUCUUUUUGUGGCCGCAGGUCUGAGCAAUAUCAUCGGCAUCAUCGUUUACAUCUCAAGCAACGCGGGAGACCCCAACGACAAACGGGACGACGACAAAAAGUACACAUACUCCUAUGGCUGGUCCUUUUACUUCGGCGCCCUGUCCUUCAUCGUAGCCGAAACGGUGGCCGUCCUGGCCAUCAACAUCUACAUCGAGAAGAACAAGGAAGUGCGCUGGAAGGCGCAACGUGAAUUCAUCCGCUCCCUUUCGUCCUCGUCCCCAUACUCCCGCAUCCCCAGUUUCCGCUACCGCCGGCGGACGUCUCGGGCCAGCUCCCAUUCCACCGAGGCUUCGCGGGAGAACUCGCCCAUAGGGGGCCUGAAGGGAGUCGGGGGGACGUCUCCCGGCGGGCCCUUGGACGAGCUGUCCAUGUACGCCCUGGCGCGCGACAGCGUGACGGACAACGCGUACAGCCCCGAACACGAGGCGGCCGCCGAGUUCCUGCAGGUGCAUAACUGUUUCCCGAAUGAUUUAAAGGAUGGCGUGAAUCGCAGGACCACGCCCGUGUGAGGCGCACGGCGAGGGGACGACGGCCAAAUGAGGACAAGUCGACCUUGCAGUUACCCAAUGACAUUCCGCUCUCUAUACUUAAACAUAGAAGUCAAGAUACUUGUGUCAAAGAAAAAAAAAGGAGUGCUGAUUGAACUCUUGUACUUAAGAAAAAGUAAAAAAAGUACAGACUGAAGCGCUAAAAAAAAUCAUGUCCAUCCAUGUACAUAGUAGUGUGAUUUUAGCAAAACAAUUUUGUGUACUAGUAGAACUGUGUGCCCAAAACGAAACUACUGUUGGGUACAAAUAAUACUACUAGGCUCAAUUAGGCAUGUGUCACACACUCGUAGCCUGCUGGACCCUUCUAGUCGCACCAAAAUGUCUACUAGUAGUUUUUUCUUCACUAAUAAAAUGUUGUUGCUUGUACUAGUGUGCAGAAAUGUCAUACAGUCGUGGAAGAAACUUUACUAGCAAGAAAAGAAAAAAAUUCUACUAGUGCGCUAAAUUAUUUUACCGUAUUGGCCUGAAUAUAAGACGGCCCUGAUUAUAAGACGACCCCUCAAGACUCAAGGUUGAAGAAAUACUUUUUGAACACCAAAUUAUUUUUUAUACAGAAAAUAAUUACAGUACAUCUGAAACAAAUGAUUCUAACAAUAUAUUUGAGAGAAAAAGCAUCUUGAAGUUUACAACAUAACUUCUCCUCAGCUGCCGGUUAACCUGGCCAAUCUUCGACCCACUUUUCUACAGGUUGUCACUACGUUUCUCCAUUUUCUGUUAUCUCUUCUAUUAUUUUUUUCUCUUUUCCUUCUUGCCGCUAUUUUUUUAUUUUUCUUCUUCGUGCUACCGCUAUUUUUAUUUUUAUUCUUCGUGACGGGUUCGCUUUGGCCUGGGGAGUCAAGUUCAGCAUUCGCUUCAAUGAUAUGUGGCGCCAUCUAGCGUCGUGAAUGGGUAUCAUGUCUAGACCCCGAAUAUAGGACGACCCCCACUUUUUCUGUCUUAUUUCAAUGCAAAAAACACCGUCUUAUAUUCAGGCCAAUACGGUA